AACGACGAGAAAUGAAAAAAGAGAGAGAGAGGUUUUUUUUUCCUCGUAGCAUAACACCACUCGCCGCUUGAACCCUGAGCCCCCCUCGCCGCCGCCGCCGCCGCCGCACCUCUGAGGGCGAGCAGAGCAGGAGCGCCGCAACGGUGGGCAGGCUAGGCCUAGUAGCACCGCCGAGUCCUGGACAUGGCGGGGGUGUUGGGGGCGCUCAGGCCGUAUGUGAAGCCCUGCAUCGCCGGCUCCCUCAUCAGCGUCACCGUCGCCGACCGCUACGCCUACCUGACCCCCAUCCAUGGCGCCUCCAUGAACCCCACCUUCGAGGGAAAGACAGGUGAAUACGCGCUGGUGGAGCGGUCCUGCCUCCAACGCCACCAAUUCUCCCGCGGCGACGUCGUCGUCUUCACGUCGCCGAGGGACCACCGGAGCAAAGUGGUCAAGAGGUUGAUUGGGUUGCCCGGCGACUGGAUCCAGGUCCCGGAGACGGCGGACAUCCGGCAGAUACCGCAGGGCCACUGCUGGGUUGAAGGGGACAAUGGCAGCGUCAGCUUCGACUCGAGAGAUUAUGGCCCCAUGGAUGUGUGGCCACACAAGGAGGGACCGAGUCCAGAUUGAUGAUAUUCGAGACAGAGUUGGGGUAGCACCGAUUGCAGAGAAACUUGUCCAGCAUCGUUUAAGAUGGUUUGGGCAUAUUCAGCGCAGGCCUCCAGAUGCUCCAGUGCAUAGCGGAUGGCUAAAGCGUGCUGAAAAUGUCAAGAGAGGUCGGGGUAGACCAAACUUGACAUGGGAGGAGUCCGUAAAAAGAGAUCUGAAGGACUGGAGUACACCAAAGAGCUAGCCAUGGACAGGGCUGCGUGGAAGCUUGCUAUCCAUGUGCCAGAACCAUGAGUUGGUUGUGAGAUUUUAUGGGUUUCACCUCUAGCCUACCCCAACUUGUUUGGGACUAAAGGCUUUGUUGUUGUGAUGAUAUGAACAUAACAUUGUCCAUAUACUGUUCAUCUUUUGUAUUGAACUUUUGCUGAUCCAUUAUACAGAACAUUGAAGACACCUAAAGUUGGUGUACUA